AUGGUGGUGACACGCUCGCAGAACGGUGAUCGUCCGAUCCCUCCAACUCGGGUGUUCGACGAGCCGCCAGCUUCACCUUCCAUCACCACGGACUCUGUCGCCCCAUCCACGGUGGCGCUUUCCGCGCCAUCGUUCCUGCCAGCCGUAUCCUCCACGGCUACUCCAUCCACGGCCGCACCCGCGGUUUCAUUCCCCCUCGCCGGGCCGUCUGACGCACCGCUCUACCGCCCUAUGGUAGCCGGUCGCGAGACGGGGCCGCGAGGGACCUCCGUCGCCCAUUCCGACGUGUCCUCACGCAUGCGCCUGGCCCAGAUCGCUGCAGAUGAGCAGCUCACCCAGCUGGCGCGAGCUAAGCUUCAGAUCGAACGUAAAGAAAUCGAACUGCAAGAAGCGCAAGUUCAGCGCCGCCUCGCGCUCGACAUGGAAGAACUGAGCAGCCAAGGCAGUGUCCGCGGUGCGAACAGUGUUUGUGCCGCAGAGGCCUUGGACGACUGGGUGAACCAGACAACAGUUAAUGUUAGUGAACGUCGUGAUGCUAACUAUUCGCGUCGCGACGCUGAAGUGAGUGACACAGUGAAUGUUAAUGUAACAGUGAGUGAAAGUGAACGUCGCGACGCCAGUGCCCACUAUGUGCGCCGCGACCAUAUUCCAGUUUCCCCGUUCCUGGCCCACAGCGUGCGCAACAGGAAUGCAGAAGACUUUGCGGCCAGCCACCCGUUGGCACACCGGGCCGUAACUCAGAGUCACUACAUGGACGACUUUGUAGACAGUUUUAAUUCCCCCGAAGAAGCAAGAGAAGUAGUGGACCAGUUGAGGCACGUACACGCUCAAGCGGGCUUUAGCUUGAGAAGCUGGAGUAGCAGCGACCCUGCGGUGCUGAGGGACGUGCCAGAGGAGCUCCACGCACGCCAACCCGCUAUGCUGCCUGUCGGUAGUAGCUGCGAUUCCAAGAUCCUGGGACUGCUGUGGGACGCAGCCCGGGACCAACUCGCGUUUUCCACGAGCAUGUGCAGGGUGCCCACUGAAGUACGAGCCCAGACUCGCGCCCCUACGAAGAGGGAGGCGCUGAGCGCAGUUAUGUCCAUCUUCGAUCCCUUGGGCCUACUCAGCCAUUUUUCAAUAACAGCUAAGAUAUUGCUGCAAGAUCUGUGGCGCAUGCGACUCGACUGGGACGAGCCGCUUCCGGAGGAGGAGGCUGCCACAUUCGGGCGGUGGCUCCGUGCCCUGGACGAACUAGAUUCGUUACAGAUUACUAGAUGCUACGACCCGACACAGGGUCACCGGCAGCUGCACGUUUUUUGCGACGCCAGUGAGGUGGCUUACGCCGCUGCCGCGUACUGGCGCGUGGAACACCCCGAUGGCAGCAUCGCCGUAACUCUCGCCGCCGCCAAGUCAAAGGUGGCGCCCAUAAAGGCGCUCAGCAUCCCACGGCUGGAGCUACAAGCGGCGGUGAUUGGGACCCGCCUCGCAGACAUGGUGCAGAGGGAGCACCGCUGGAAGCCAGAGUCCGUCCACUACUGGACCGACUCCAGGACGGUGCUCCAGUGGAUAGCAAAGGACGCCCGUCGCUACUCCCCUUUCGUGGCGCACCGACUCGGAGAGAUCGCCGAGUACACGGACGCAGAGGCCUGGAGGUGGGUACCCACGGCGAUGAAUGUCGCCGACGACGCGACCCGCCCCAAUUUUUCCCCGGGCACGAGCACCAACCGGUGGUUCGUCGGCCCGGACUUCCUCCGGGGACCGGACUCGGAGUGGCCGGCCCCCAUCCAACCAUCAGAAGAGAGCGCGGAGACCUACGCCAGUCAUGCCGUUCCCAUUUCCCCAUACCUUCCCGACAUUUCCCGCAUAUCGCGGUACGAGACUCUGGUGCGGGCCACUGCUGUUGUGCUCGCAUUCCUAGACCGAUGUCGCAAGCGGGCCCAGCAAGUGGAGCUGCGCCACGUCGAGAGGGCCGAGCGGCUGUGGGUGCAGCAGGUGCAGGCGGAGAGCUUCGCCACGGAAAUAGAGUGCCUGCGCCACGGGAGUCCAAUUUCCCCCUCGAGCCGCCUGUUUCACCUGAGCCCAAUCCUGGAGGAUGGUGUGCUGCGGCUGGACGGCCGCAUCUCCGCGGCAACCGCACCCCCUGCCGCCAAGCGGCCCAUCAUCCUAGACGGCCGCCACCUUUUCACCACCCUCCUCGUGCAGCGAGAGCACGAGGCCGCCCAGCACGCUAACAACGAGCGGGUGGUGAACAACCUGCGGCAGAAAUAUCACAUCCUACAUCUGAGGCCGACGGUCAAGAGAGUCGCCCGGAGCUGCGCCCGCUGCAUGGUGACGCGCUCCAUGCCCAGAACCCCACCAAUCGGAGACCUGCCGCGUGCCAGGCUGGACCCCUUCACGCGGCCUUUUUCAAACUGUGGGGUGGACUAUUUCGGCCCCAUGGUUGUCACCGUCGGCCGACGACACGAGAAGAGGUGGGGAGCCCUCUUCACCUGCCUCACCACCCGCGCCGUCCAUCUGGAACUGGUGGCCAGCCUUUCGGCGGACUCCGCCAUCAUGGCCCUGCGCCGGAUGGCAGCACGACGCGGAUGGCCGAAGACCAUAUACAGCGACAACGGCACCAAUUUCCGAGGUGCCGACGCCGAGCUGCGGGCCGCCUACGCCGACUGGGAGCCGGCCUUCCAAGAUGAAGCCCUGCGCCACCGGACAGAGUGGCGCUUCAUUCCCCCGGGCGCCCCGAACCAGGGUGGAGCCUGGGAGCGACUGGUCCGCUCCGUCAAGACCGCCCUCAAGGCUGUGCUCCACCAACAAUUUCCCAGGGAUGUGGACAACAGUCGAGGGUUGGGAUGA